CUUGUGGCAGUUGCUUAGAGACCACCUAGCUCCCCGGACGCGAAGUCUUCCUCAAUGCCACUUUUGGAUCUGCAGGCCUGGCCAGAGCAAGUGGGUGAGCACCCUAAAGUAGUCCUGUGAGUAGCACCAAGGUAAAGACCUGGGCCAGUUCCCUUCUUAGUCUCCCAAGACUUGAACACGUGCUUGGUGCGGUGGAGUGGUACUGUGGCCGUGCCCAGAAAAAAAGGUAAAACCCAUCCAUGCUUUGAAACAAAACUGCAGUCUACCGAAGGAAUCAUUGGCUAACUCUGCAUCUAAAGAAAACUCCGACAUCUUCCAAAGGCCAUGGUGAAAGAAAAGAAAAAAGCAGACAAAAAGGGAGAUAAGUCAGCCCGCUCUCCCUCCUCGAUCUCUGAUAACCCAGAAGCGGCUAAACAAGAAAUCAGUGCCAGUAAGCAGGAAGUGGCCCCCAGUGCUGUCAUCCCGGUAUUGGAAACGCCACUCAAGCAAACCCCUAAAAGAGACUCGGAACAUACAUACCAGAGUGAAGAUGAAACUCAGUAUGAAGAACCCAUCCUGACCAAACUCAUAGUGGAAAGCUACGAAGGGGAGAAAGUCCGUGGACUGUAUGAGGGAGAAGGCUUUGCGGUCUUUCAAGGCGGAAACACCUACCAUGAUAGAUCACUGUGGAUGCGGGGCAGGCUCAGAGUGGGCACCACACUGCUGCUGCUGUUGCUGCUGCCGUCAGCCAGCACAUCCCUGCAGGGAAUGUUUUCCGAGGGACUGAUGCACGGGCAGGGGACUUACAUUUGGGCUGACGGAUUGAAAUACGAGGGGGACUUUGUGAAGAACAUCCCCAUGAAUCAUGGCGUGUACACAUGGCCAGAUGGCAGCACGUAUGAAGGAGAAGUGGUCAACGGCAUGAGGAACGGAUUCGGUAUGUUCAAGUGUGGCACGCAGCCCGUGUCCUAUAUUGGCCACUGGUGUCACGGCAAGAGACAUGGGAAGGGCUCCAUCUAUUACAAUCAAGAGGGAACCUCUUGGUAUGAAGGAGACUGGGUGUACAACAUCAAAAAGGGCUGGGGAAUACGAUGCUACAAAUCAGGAAACAUAUACGAAGGCCAGUGGGAGAACAACAUGCGCCACGGGGAAGGCAGGAUGAGGUGGCUCACAACAAACGAGGAGUACACGGGCCACUGGGAGAAGGGGAUCCAGAACGGCUUUGGAACGCACACAUGGUUCCUAAAGAGAAUCCCCAACUCUCAGUAUCCUUUGAGAAAUGAAUACAUAGGGGCGUUUGUAAAUGGCUUCCGUCAUGGACAAGGGAAGUUUUAUUAUGCCAGUGGAGCCAUGUAUGAGGGAGAAUGGGUUUCCAACAAAAAGCAGGGCAGGGGCAGGAUAACUUUCAAGAAUGGCCGUGUGUAUGAAGGUCUGUUUUCCAACGAUCACAUUGCACAGUUCUUUGAAGCUGAAAUGGAUUACUCGUACAGCCUGGACCGUCGGUCAGACAUCUCCCAAAGGAGCCGGCAGGCUCGGGGAUCUUCUGUCAGUGCUGACAGGGAGCCUGAAACCCUACGAAAGUUGGAUGGCAGCGAAAGCCGCUCUGUGUUAGGAUCGAGUAUUGAGCUGGACUUAAAUUUGUUGCUGGACAUGUACCCUGAGGAAAGCCAAGAAGAAGAAAAGAAGCAGGUGGAAUAUGCCGUCCUAAGGAACAUCACAGAGUUAAGAAGGAUCUACUGCUUCUACAGCGGCCUUGGGUGUGACCACUCUCUGGAUAACACCUUCCUGAUGACAAAGCUUCACUUCUGGAGAUUUCUGAAAGACUGCAGGUUCCAUCACCACAACAUAACUCUUGCGGAUAUGGACAGGGUAUUGAGUGUCUAUAACGGCAUCCCAAUCGAAGAAAUCCAUUCUCCAUUUAGAACCAUACUCUUAAGAACAUUCCUAAAUUACCUCCUGCAGCUGGCCUACUACAUCCAUCACAAAGAAUUCCAGAACAGAAGCCCGUCCCUCUUUCUGUGCUUCACAAAGCUGAUGGCCGAGAACAUCCAUCCACACGCCUGCCAGGUGAAAGGUCACUUAUUCAAUGAGCAGCAGCGGACACUCUACUCAAUGAAUUACAUCGAUAAGUGCUGGGAAAUUUACACAGCCUACUGCAGACCGAACGAAGCCCCACCCUAUGAGCUGACAAUGAAGAUGAGAUAUUUCCUCUGGAUGCUGAAAGACUUUAGGAUGAUAAAUAAGGAGUUAACUGCGACCAAAUUCAUGAGGGUGAUAGCGGAGGACAACCCUUUCGUAUAUGAUGGAAUGGACAGCAACUUUGAACUUGAGCUAGUUUUCCUGGAGUUCUUCGAAGCUCUGUUGUGCUUCUCUCUCUGCUGCAUGUUUGACCAGAUGACUAGAUCCUAUUUAAAAGCCCCGUACGAUGACGUCACUACAAACCGAUAUGGCAGCACUCAGACGGUACUAAACCAGAGCAUCCACAGGAGCCCAAGUGGGGCCACAAGCCAUGACUCCGAAGUCCACUUCAGCAGCACCAAGUCGUCCUUAGACAAGAUAGGAGUCCUGCCCGAUGGUAAAAUCAGGCAAUCAGAGCCCAAGCUCAAGAAGUCGCUGAGUGAGGACAAAGUCUCCAAAAUGAACCUCAAGGCUCAAGGAAGAGGGCUGGUGUUUAUGUCUCCACAUGGUGAGAAAUAUGAAAAGUCCAAAGAUGAACAGAAAGAGAAACUCAACAUGUGGGUGAACAACCUCUACGUCUUCUUCGUCAGUGUGCUCUUCAGCGCCUACAAACACGAGGAGGCGCUCAAGGAGAAGGUGGAGGAGAACAGGCUCCAGGAAGCAGUGCUGGCUCAGCAGAAGCAGAUCGAGAACGAGGAGCUGGAGGCCAGGCUGAACAUCCUACGGGAAGAAGAGGCCAGGAGACAAGACUUUGAACUUGACAUCACUGUGCUCAAGGAGCCACCGGAGGUCCCAGCCGUACAGCCGCUCACACCCAGCCCCCCUAAAGAGGACUUGGUUUCCAUGCAGACUAGCAAGGCCAGCCCAGGCAAGAAGAAGAAGAAGUGAAGGCACUCGGUGUCAUGGUGAGCUGCAAGCAGACAGAAAGCUGUGACAAAUGUCCCCAAAAAUAAAGUGUUUGCAUUUA